AUGCUGCGGCGAGAUGUACUCCUGUCAACAGCCGUACAAGCGCAUUCCGUCCGACGAACUGAAGCAAAACUCGUGCACACUGUACAGGAUAUUACAUUUACACCGACACUCGCGGAAGAUGCAAGCCCCUCACAGCUUUCCGUAUCAUUUAAGCUGUCGGAGCGCAUGCGGCGCAUAAAUUUGACGCUCUUCCGCAACGAGGACAUUUACACGCAGCCCGUCACAGUGCACCGCCUCCGCGCCGACGGUUCCAUACGCAGCUCCGAGACGACGCCGGCGGGCAACCACCUCGCAUACCGCGGCGCAGCAUCUACGAGCGGGAAAGAGGGCCAUGCACAAAAUUGGGCGCGCGUCUCACUACAUGUUGACAAUGGCGUGCCGCUUCUAGAGGGCGCUUACUUCGUCGACGGCUUCGAGCACCACAUCCAGACAGAUGCCACAUAUCGACGAACGCGCAGCGAGCAGGAUGCAUCACGGACGGCGGCCGGCCAGCCAUACAAUGUCGUCUGGAGAUAUGCCGACGACAAAGGUGGCGUGCUCGCCAAGCGCGACGACGAGGCCACUUGCGGACUUGGCAUGGAAGCGGCGAGUGACUUGGAACGACGACAGCGCGGGGGCGAUACGACCGACAGUCUGCUGCGGAGCCUCGGAUCAACGAGCGGAUGCCCGUCGACGCGGGCAAUUGCGCUGCUCGGCAUCGCCACCGACUGCUCGUACACGGCGCAGUUCAGCUCGGAGCAGGACCUGCGGAGCAACAUCCUCACGCAGGUCAACACGGCGUCGCGCGUCUACGAGGCAGCCUUCAACGUGGAGCUGCGCGUGCUCAACAUUACCAUUUCCGACGCCGACUGCCCGACCGGCGACAACGGCCUGUCGUGGAACCGGGCCUGCGCGUCGAGCCUGUCCAUCAGCGACCGUCUCAACGAGUUCUCGCUGUGGAAGGCGGGCUUCGACGACGGCACGGCGGCGUGGACGCUCCUGACGUCGUGCACCUCGGGCUCGACGGUGGGCAUCGCCUGGAUCCGCAGCGUCUGCCAGCCAGGCGUGCUGCGGAGCGGCUCGGUGCGCUCGACGCCGAGCACAAACGUCGUCGCGCGCACGGCGGCCGAGUGGCAGGUCCUCGCGCACGAGCUGGGCCACAACUUUGGCGCCGUGCACGACUGCGUCGCGGGCUGCCAGAGCUCCGGCUCCACCUCCGGGCGGAAUCUCUGCUGCCCGCUGAGCGGCAGCAGCUGCGACGCGCGUGGGCAGUACAUGAUGAACCCGUCGGUGAGCUCGCGCGUGACCGAGUUCUCGCCGUGCUCCGUCGGGCAGAUCUGCACGGCGUGGGGCAGCGGCAACAUCAACACGGCGUGCCUGCGCGGCAACGAGAACACGCCGACCGUGUCCGAGUCGGUGUGCGGCAACGGCGUCGUCGACGCCGGCGAGGACUGCGACUGCGGCGGCCCAGAGGGCUGCGGCGACAACAGCUGCUGCAACCCGACGACGUGCCGCUUCACGCAGGGCUCCGUGUGCGAUCCAUCGACGCAGCGCUGCUGCACAGGCCAGUGCCAGCUCGCGGCCAGCGGUCAGGUCUGCCGCGAGAGCAUCGGGCUGUGCGACCCGCAAGAGGUGUGCAGCGGCAGCGCGGCGGACUGCCCGCGCGACGAGCAGCUGCCAGAUGGGCAGGCGUGCGGUGACGGUGGUGGAGGGUUGACGUGCGCUACGGGUGUUUGCACGUCCCGGGCGACGCAGUGCUCCAAGCUUCUCACGAGCAACAACAGCACCGAGACGGUCAAUGCCGGGAAUGUCACGGCCGAGGCGUGCAGCGCGACGGGCUGCGAGCUCAACUGCAUGCAGACGGGCGGCGACGGCCUGAUGUCGGACAGCGGUACGUGCCAAGCGAGUCAGAAGUCCUUCCGCGACGGUACGCCGUGCGGCAGCGGCUCGCGGCGGUGCUACAGCGGGACAUGCGGUGGCCGGUCGACGAAUAAUGACAGCGGCGGAGGAGGGGCCAAUGAUGUAGCGUCGUGGAUACGGAGAAACCGGACCGUCUUCAUCAUCAUCUGCGUGGUGGGUGGCAUAGCAGUCCUCCUGGCGAUUGCGGUGAUUGUGUGCUGCUGCCGGCAGAGGUCGAACCGGCGGAAAGCGGUCGGCGCGCAGCAGACGCGGAUGGCGACGGCCAUGAGGCAGAGCGGCGGUGGUGUGUCGCAGCAGCAGCAGGUGUGGCCGCAGCCGAUGCCCGCGCCGCCGAUCCAGACACCGAUGCCGGUAACCCGGACAGGCAGCAACCUUCACCGAUGGGCGUAG